AUGGCAUCCGCUAACAUUGAUCCCCAGUCUGAUGACUCCAAGAUAUGUGUUGUCAUGGUGGGCCUUCCAGCCCGUGGCAAGAGUUUAAUUGCCGGCAAAGGUGAGUGGGAAGACAUCACGUUCAAAGUUAUAUGGCGACUGACUGCAACAGCCAUGCGCUACCUCGGUUGGGUGGGCAUCCCCGCGCGGGUCUUCAACGUGGGUAGCUACCGCCGUUUCAACACUCCACAGCCAGCAGCCACCUUCUUCGAUCCUCACAAUGAGGAGGGUGAGCGCAUGCGACGAGCUGCCGCUGAGGCCGCCAUGUCCGACAUGCUGCAAUGGUUCAACGCUGGUAAGGGCGUUGUGGCGAUUCUCGAUGCCACCAACUCUACCCAGGAACGUCGCCAGUGGAUUUAUGAAAAAUGCCACGAAGCGGAUAUUGAGGCUCUCUUUGUGGAGUCCAUCUGCGACGACGAAGAUUUGAUCAUGACGAACAUUAAAGAGGUCAAGACCACUUCCCCCGAUUACAAGGGUCAGGACCCAGAGGAGGCCGCCCUUGAUUUCCGCAACCGCAUUCGCAACUAUGAAAAGGCCUAUGAGACCAUCGGUGACAACGAAAAGCACUACACCUACGUCAAGUUGAUCAAUGUCGGAUCAACCGUUAUCAUUAACCAGAUCAAAGACUAUCUCUCCAGUCGGCUGGUAUACUACAUCCAAAACCUGCACAUCAAACCUCGUUCAAUUUGGCUCUCACGUCAUGGUGAAUCAGAGUUCAAUCUGAGCGGUGCUAUUGGUGGCGAUUCCAACAUUUCGGAGCGUGGCGAGGCUUACGCCCGCGCUCUUCCCGAGCUGAUGCGCAAAUCUGGUAUCCCCGAGAACACCAAGAUUGUCAUUUGGACUUCCACUCUCAAGCGCACCAUCCAGAGCGCCCGCCACCUGAAGGCCGAAACCGGCUACGAAAAGCUGGAAUGGAAGGCUCUGGAUGAGUUGGACUCCGGUGUCUGUGAUGGCCUCACCUAUGAGCAAAUCGCAGAGAAAUACCCCGAAGAUUUUGCUGCGCGUGAUGAAGACAAGUAUAACUACCGCUACCGAGGCGGCGAAUCCUACCGCGACGUCGUCAUUCGCCUCGAGCCCAUCAUCAUGGAACUGGAACGUUCUGAGAACGUCAUUAUCGUCACUCACCAGGCGGUUCUUCGUUGUAUCUACGCUUAUUUCAUGAAUGUGCCCCAGGAGCAGAGUCCUUGGAUGGAAGUCCCUCUGCACACUCUCAUCAAGCUCACUCCUCGUGCCUAUGGCACCGAGGAGCAGCGCUUCAAGGCCGAUAUCCCUGCUGUGUCGACCUGGCGCGGUAAGGGUACUUCGGCAAAGCACCAGGAGUUCCCGGCCAAGGUGGAUUCAAAGGAGGAAUCUAAGGAGGAAUCUAAGUAG